CAUCAGCGCAUGCAGCAGCAAGCGCAGCCAGUGCUCCCCGAAAGUAGCGGCAACAAACUGUCUCUAGUUCCGAGCAAUGAGCAGAUGUACAUGCUGCGUAUACCAGCUACCCUACCCACUUCUAAAGUUCUUGCAGUAGGCCUAGAUGUAGAUUUUCUCCUACCAUCUUAUAGUUGUCUGGUGUGAUAUUAACUGAUCUAGUCUAAUCCUCAUCUGGUUGACCGAAACAAUGUGGCGUGCAUUGCCAUGGCGGUAUGCUGCAGGAACUCAACGGCGAUGGUCCAAAAUAUCCAAAAGACUGAAACAUUUUGCCUCAUGGAAUGCAAAUACAAGUGGCACAGUGGAAGCAGUCAUUGGCCAGAGUCCUCUUAUACUGUCUACUGGAGAGUUAGCUAAGUUAGCUGAUGGCUGUGCAACUGCUCAGAUUGGAGAUACCACUGUUAUGGUCACUGCAGUCAGCAAGAAGAAUUCAUCAUCUCCAGGUUUUCUUCCAUUAACAGUUGAUUACAGGCAGAAGGCUGCAGCAGCAGGUAGAAUACCCACCAAUCAUCUCAGAAGAGAGAGAGGUGUCACUGAUCAAGAGAUACUCACAAGUAGAAUGAUAGACAGAUCAAUUAGACCACUAUUUCCCAAAGGGUUCUUCUAUGAUACUCAGGUUAUGUGCAAUUUGUUAGCUGUAGAUGGACUACAAGAUCCAGGUGUUAUCAGCAUUAAUGGAGCUUCUGCCGCACUGGCCCUCUCUGACGUGCCAUGGAAUGGUCCAAUAGGUGCUGUCAGGGUGGGUCUGAUUGAUGAGGAGGUCAUGAUUAACCCAACCAGACUCGAUAUGAGGAGAAGCACCAUCAACAUGGUCGUGGCAGGGACAAAGAAGAGUAAUCUAGUGAUGGUGGAGGCCUCAGCAGACAAUGUUCUCCAGACAGACUUCUUGAAAGCUUUAAAGGCUGGACUAAAAGAAACCCAGAUCAUUGUGAGGAGUAUCGAAAAGCUCGCUAGGGAACAUGGCAAGGAGAAGAGGGAGUAUGAACCAUUUGGUAUACCAUCGCCAGAGGUACUAGACAGUGUUAGAAGAUUAGCAGCUGAGCAAUAUCAUGCAGUUUACACAGAUCCUACCCACAAUAAGUUUUCAAGAGACAAUGCUGCAAGUCAAGUUAGAGAGCACCAUAUUUCAACUGUACGAGAAAUGUUUCCAAAUGAAGACCCAUCACUGCUUAAUGAUGCCUUCAAUAUUGUAGCAAAAGAUGUCUUCAGAAAGAUUAUUUUGGAAGAGGAUAAAAGGUGUGAUGGCAGAGAAGCAGAUGAGAUGCGUGACAUCACAUGUUCAGUGGAUCUCUACAAACCCUUACAUGGCUCCGCUCUCUUUCAGAGAGGUCAAACACAGGUCUUUUGUACUGUAACAUUUGAUUCCAUUGAAUCAGCGUUGAGAGCAGAUCCUGUGUGGCAAGAGGACAUCAGAGAAAAGAACUUCAUGCUGCAUUAUGAGUUUCCACCUUACGCUACAAAUGAAACAGGCAGGACGGGAGGCAUCAAUAGGAGAGAGCUAGGUCAUGGAGCUCUGGCUGAGAAAGGUCUGAGACCUGUGGUUCCAUCUGACUACCCUUUCACCAUUCGACUCACCAGUGAAGUUCUAGAGUCAAAUGGUUCAUCAUCUAUGGCAACUGUAUGUGGUGGAAGUCUUGCACUCAUGGAUGCAGGUGUACCAGUAAGCCAUCCGGUAGCAGGUGUAGCCAUUGGUGUAAUUACAGAGACGGAAUCUGAUGAUAUCUUCACCAUCAAAGACCACAGGAUAGUCACAGAUCUGCUGGGAAUUGAGGACUACAUGGGAGAUAUGGAUAUGAAGCUGGCUGGAAGCAAGAAAGGAAUCACAGCAUUACAGACUGAUGUGAAAGUGCCCUUGCCCAUGAAGAUCAUUGUAGAAGCCAUCCAGGCUGGUACAGCAGCCAAGAGUAAAAUCCUCAACAUCAUGGCGUCAUCUAUCAGGAAACCUAGGGACCUCAGAAAAAGCAACAGUCCUGUCACAGAAAACCUUGAAGUGCCGGUACAAAGGCGGUCCAAAUUCAUUGGGCCUGGUGGUUACAACUUGAAAAAGUUGAGAGUAGAAACUGGGGUAACAAUUUCUCCCGUUGAUGAAACUCACUUCUCAGUCUUUGCACCCACGCCAAGUGCAAUGAGUGAAGCAAAGGAAAGAAUUGAGCAACUGCUAUUAGAAGAUAAAGAACCAGAUUUGGAGUUUGGAGGUAUCUACACAGCUACUAUCACAGAACUAAGGGAUAAUGGAGUACUAGUAAAGCUGUAUCCUGCAAUGCCACCUACAUUACUUCACAACUCACAGCUUGAUCAAAGAAAGGUGAAUCAUCCAAGUGCCCUGAAGAUGGAGGUAGGCCAGGAGAUUCCCGUCAAGUACUUUGGUCGUGACCCUGUCAGCGGAAAGAUGCGACUGUCCCGCAAGGCCCUCAUGGCCCCAGCAUCGGCCGUCAUCAGAAACUUGAAUGCAGUUAGAGGUGCAAGAGGAGCAGCAUCAGCCACCACAUCAUCGUCUAAUUCAUCGUCCACGUCUCCGUCUGAUUCAUCAUCAUUCUCAUCAGAGAGAUGAUAAAGGGCUAGAUGGUCGGUGGAUGGAGACUAUAUUUUUUGCCAGAAGAUUGUUCCUAUUGUAGGGGAGACAUCCCAAGUAGGAAUUAUGCAGAGUCUUGGGGUCUGUGGUGGAUAUUGAUGGCUUGUCCGGAGAGUUUCUCCAAUAUGUGACCAACAAAGAAAGAUAAGACACCGUUUGCUGAACUAAACUAGGUAUCAUCCAUCUUUGGGAUGUUAUCUUUAAGAGAGCUGUGUAGAUACACAUGAUCCCAUGUACUCAGUACUGCCUCUGCUUUCUUUUCUGCCAUAUUAUCGCUUCAUUUCAGGGCAAGAGAAGCUCUGCAACCCAACCCCCCUCAAGUCUUUUAUAACAAAGUGGUGCUUUCCCUACUUAACAAAAUAUCCAUGAUCAAAGAUUUGUAAAGAUUAAAUUCAUAGCAAUAAAUUUGUCUAUCAAUGACUUCUAAUUAUGCUAUGGCCAGUUGUGCAGCCUAAGCAGGAUUUUCUUGAACUGUCUGUUGUGAGUUUGAACCAUGAUUUCUGGAGUAUGCAUUCAAAGUGCUUCUGAAGUUUAAUCUUUAUUCAUGUCAUCUAAAGAGGACAAUUUUAAUCUACAAAGCAACAAUGUGAUAUUGAAUAUUUCAUUUGGACACUUAUUCCUCAGCACAAUGAAUUACAUAAUCAACCAUGCAUGUUAUUUGUUAAAGGAAAGAUUCAUGUCCGACAGGUUACUAAAAAAACGCUUGUGGUUGGGUCGUAUGUAGUCACGAUCAGUGAAAUACCUAACAGAACAUUAAACUUCUGACAGAACAUAAGAAUUUACUUUCAUUAUACAUGUAUACGUUGGGCAAGAAUGUUGGCUGCAUUGUAUCCCAAACCGACACAUCUCGGACAUGUGUAUCAGAUCUCCUGUAUUUCAUCUGUGUUUUCUAGCAGGAGUAUGUAAUGGGCAGUUAUGAAAAUUAAUUUUCAGUUGCAGGAUACAUGUUCAUGUACAUUGAUGGUUUUCGGCGAUUAAAUACUCAUUGCAUUUUCAAAUACAUCAUAUGGUCAUGUUUAGGGAAAACAUGUUCUCAUAUAUUAUUCCUCCAAACUUUUAUUUCUGUCAUACCAUUUUUAUACAUUUUUUGUUUGUAUUUAUGACGGCAAUAUUAAAUCUUGAUUAUGCAAAGCAAA